AAUAAAUAAAGAAAAGCGAGAGUCCUCAUUUAUCUCUAUAUCUCUGGUCUCGCCAUCGGAAUUGCAAUCUUCUCCACGCCUUUAUCUCAACCCUAGAUUUCCUCGAUCGAUCGAUCUCUCUGCUCCUUCUGAAGUCAUGGCUAACGCAGCAUCUGGGAUGGCUGUUCAUGAUGACUGCAAGCUGAAGUUUUUAGAACUGAAGGCAAAAAGAAGUUUCCGCUUCAUAGUUUUCAAGAUUGAAGAGAAGCAGAAGCAGGUGAUUGUAGAAAAGCUUGGUGAGCCAGCACAAAGCUAUGAGGACUUCACUGCCAGCCUUCCUGCAGAUGAGUGUCGCUAUGCUGUCUACGACUUUGAUUUUGUAACUGAGGAAAAUUGCCAGAAGAGCAGAAUUUUCUUCAUUGCUUGGUCACCCGAUAUAGCUAGGGUGAGAAGCAAGAUGAUCUAUGCAAGCUCCAAAGAUAGGUUCAAGAGAGAGCUCGAUGGCAUCCAGAUAGAGUUGCAAGCCACUGACCCUACUGAAAUGGGCCUUGAUGUCAUCAGAAGCCGAGCCGGCUGCAUUUGAAUUGCUGUGCACUGAAAUGGAGAGCUCUCCAUAAAGUUUUCUUUGGUUAUGUCUAAUGUUUAUAUUAUGCUGGGAAGUAGAAUUGGUUAGAUAUGCUGUUGGGUCAAACCUUUUAAAGCUUCAUCUCUGACGAGAAACUUAAAUGAUUUUUAAGCAUACACUAAUUGCUAUUCAUGUGGUCUUGAGAUUUCUUCAUUUGUGAUGUGUUUUCUUCUUA